AUGAAUAACCAACUUACCAUCAAAGAACCACGUUUAAAAAGUACAAAAUAUUUCAAUUAUAAAUAUCCACCUCAAACCUUGGGAUUACAUAACUUUUUCAUAGACGAACCAUCAUCUAAAUGGUGCCUUGAAAAUUUCGUUAAUAGAGUAAUAAAAAACAAAGAAACAGAACUCAAUUUUGAUCAAAUUCAAGAACCUUUCUUAACCAACUUGGAUCAAAUUAAUAAUCUAAAGAGUACACCCCAAAGUGUUCAUAGCUUUUGUGAAAACUAUAUUAACUGGUUACAGGAAUAUGUGAGCGAGAAUGCUAAAUUUCAGGCAUUUGAGAGCAGUAUGCAACUUCCAAGAAGGGAGGGGAGGAAAGUAACACCACCACCACCACUUCGGGAAAGCACCUCCGAUGAUGAAGAAGUACUUCUGACAACACCAAACAAGAGGAUGUUGAAAAAUGAAAACGUUAAAUUGUAUGUCGAGUCAAUUCCCAUUGAUAAAACACCUUCUAUAUGGACAAAAGAACUAGAGAAUUAUUUAGAAUAUGCAUUGGAUCUAAGAAAACAAUUCAAGAUGGCAAUACAGAAUGAAAUAGAAGGAGAAUUGGCUAACAAGUUUAGGUUGUAUAUUGAAAAAGUUUUGAUGGAUUUUUAUAAUAUAGUGGAUCUUUUUCCAACACACAUGAUUACAAUUGGGGAGCGAAAAUUUAUUGCUGCAAAAGUGACUAAAUCAUCAACAGAUACUGGGAUUGAACUCGGAAUAGAGAUGGAAAUGAUAAAUCAAUCAACAUUAUAUGCCCUUAGCAUCUUGGAAGAUGGUAGGUUUCUGCCUUAUAAGCUGGCAUCUGCAGAUUUGCCAUUUGAUUUCAAUUCACAUUCAAAGUACAAGGGAAUAUUAUGGAUGAUGGCCAAGUUUCAUGAUGAAAUGAUUCAACAAAUGGCUAUUUUAGACAAAAUUGAUCGUUUACUUAUUACAUGUAAAGGCAAAACAGUACAUGAUAUUUUGAGAAUUCCAACUAACUUAUACACUUCUUUCACUUCUAAAUACAACUAUAUCUGGUUACGUGAUAAUUGUCAAUGUUCUCAAUGUGUUCACCCUAACAGUGGACAAAAGUUGUUUUCCACUGCAAAUAUUCCACUUGAUAUCAAACCAUUAUCAAUUAAUUUCAUGGAGGAUUCAGUUGAAGUUGCUUGGGAUAAACCAUUGUUACUAUCAUUAAAUACAAAAGGAUCACAAAAAUCAGAUUCUUUGUUCAUGUCAUCAAUUAAAUCUCAUAAAAGCAUCUAUUCAUUAAACUUUUUAAAAGCUUUUAGUGUAGUGCCAUCUUCUUCUUCACUCUCAAUUGAUUCCACAACCAGACUUACAAAUGAUAUCACAAAAAUCAAUACAA